AUGGACAUGGAUGAUAUGGACAUGGAUAUUCCCCUUCCUGAAGAACUCGAGCUUCUGGAGUCAAAUUCUCACUUCCCCGAACAAAAUCAAGAGGAGGAAGAUCAUCAUUAUUACUUCGCAGACCUCGAUCCCCCCACCGAACCGCACUCUCCGCAACCGCCGCCAGAUCUCCCGGCUCCUUCGCUGGAGAUUGAAUCCAACGGUCACAAGCGGUCGCGUCCGAGUUCACCUCCUGAAGAGAAGAGAACGAAGGUUAGGGUUGCCGUCGAGGAGGAUUCCUCUACCGCGGCGGCCGAUGAGGACUGGCUUCGCUACUCUCCUCCGCUGCCGGAGCCGUCGGCACAGGAAACGACGUUCCCGAAGGAGAAGACGUUGUCGAGGUUCGCCUCGGAGAUUGACGGCGAGUGCAUGCCGAUCUCUGCGCCCAACGGCGACAGGGUUUAUGCGAAGCUGAAUCGGUUUGAAGGAGAAGAGCGCGUGAAGAAUCUCGAUUGCAAUAGCUAUUCUGCUGAGCUUAGUUCAGAACCGAUUAAUGUUAUACUUGAGAGGCUGGAGCAAGAGGCUUUUGCUAAGGCAUUGGAAGCUAGUUCUGAAGGUCAAAGUGUUCCAGAUGUUCCCGAAGCACAAACGGUUCAUGAGCGCCUUUGGGUUGAUAAGUAUGCUCCCAACUCCUUUACUGAGCUUCUCAGUGAUGAACAGACAAAUCGUGAGGUACUGUUGUGGUUGAAGCAAUGGGAUUCUGUUGUGUUUGGGUCUGAAAUUCGAAGCACAUCAGAUGAUGUUUUGUCUGCAUUGAAACGACAUUCUUCUACUGUCCACAAUAAAAAACCUUUAAAUUCAAAGUUUCCUGGGAAGAAUGGAGGACCCAAAUGGAGUAAUGGGGGGAGGUAUAUAAAUUCUACAAGGAUGGAUGAGAGUGGUAGUUCAAAGAGGAUUCAAGAUGUAAGGAAUAUGAAGUCAAGGAAUAUUGGUCCACCGGAACAAAAGAUCCUUCUGCUCUGUGGACCACCAGGUCUUGGAAAAACAACACUAGCACAUGUAGCUGCUAGGCAUUGUGGAUAUCAUGUGGUAGAGAUUAAUGCCAGUGAUGAUCGUUCUACAUCAACAAUUGAAGCCAAAAUUCUUGAUGUGGUCCAGAUGAACUCUGUCUUGUCUGAUUCAAGGCCAAAGUGUCUGGUGGUGGAUGAAAUUGAUGGAGCUCUUGGUGAUGGUAAGGGAGCUGUGGAGGUUCUUCUAAAGAUGAUUUCUGCCGAAAGGAAGCCUGAUGCGGGGAAACAAAGUCUGAGCAAAGGACAACUGGAAAAGAAGGCAUCAAAAAAGGGUUCAAAAACAGCUUCACUUUCAAGACCUGUGAUUUGCAUUUGUAAUGACCUAUAUGCACCUGCCUUAAGACCAUUACGUCAGUUGGCCAAUGCCCAUGACUUUACCAACAACAUUGCUUAUGUUUUGGCUUUGGCUCCAUGUAUGCUUACUGGCAACAACUCCCAUCAGCCGAGCCCCCCACCUUAUACAAACUUAUUCUUCCGAUUAUUAGGAAGGCUGACGUACAUAUGUAACAAGGAGGGAAUGAAAGCCAGUGCAAUUGCACUCACUGCUCUAGCAGAAUAUACAGUUAUUAGAGUACUCAGGAAAUUUUCAUCCAUUCAUGAUUCUUCAUCAGAAAGUCCGCCAUCUAUGGGGCUUUUGCGAGUCACUUUUGACGAUGCUGAAGAAAUGUAUCAUUUACAACAAAGUGAGGGAGGGGUGAAAGCACCUGUCACAUAUGGUAAAAAGCUUUGGCUUCAAGCUUGUGGGAUUAAAUGCUUGUUCAGCGCAGAAGCCGGUUUACAGGGCAUUCCGUGGGCUGUGGUGGCAGAAUGCUUGUUCAGUGUCAAGCGUGGCAUAAGUUUGAUCUCAUUCCAGAAGCACCUUAGAAUUAACAACCUCACUCAGUCAUUUGAUAUUGGUUCUCAAGUAGUUGGCCAGAAGGACAAGUCAAAGAAUGUUCUAGACAUCUGGAAAGAGAUUUUCUAUAAGCGAAGAACAAAAAAGAUGGAAAGAAACUCUCAGAGAGGGAAGUCCUUUGAAUUUGACUCAUUGUACUCCCUUGUGUCAAACCGUGGUGAUAGUGACUUGAUUCUUGAUGGAAUUCAUGAAAAUGUUUUGCGGCUCAAUUAUCAUGACCCAAUGAUGCAGAAAACUGUCAAGUGCUUCAACAAUCUUGGAGUUUAUGAUCUAUUGCAUCAGUAUAUAAUGCAUACACAACAGAUGCCCCUUUAUGUAUAUUUGCCCCUAGUACCAAUUACUGUACAUCAGAUAGUAUCUCAAGUUCAGAAACCAAACAUUGAGUGGCCAAAGUCACAUCAGAGAUAUCGUACAAUGAUGAUGGAAAAGAUGGACAUUUUGAAUACCUGGCACCACAAAAUCCCCCCGCAAAUUGCAAGGCAUUUAUCAACUAGUUCCUUUGUUGAAGACUUAAUUUCUCCAUUGUUACAUAUUCUGUCCCCACCAACUAUAAGACCGGUGGCAUUACAAUUACUAUCAGAUAAGGAGAAGAAUGAUCUUACUCAAUUAGUUAGCAAAAUGGUAUCAUACGCUAUAACAUAUAAGACUGUGAAAUCAGAUAUACUGCCUCAAACCCUGAAGUGUGAAGUAGCAGAUGGUUUGACACUGUCUCUUGUGCCUCCUAUCAGUGACUUUAUAAAUUUCAAGGAUUAUACUUCAAACCAUUACGUUCUUUCUGUAGCUAUGAAGCAGAUUUUGGUACACGAGGUUGAAAAGCGUAGGAUUUUACAAGUUGGUAUUGACAAAACUGGGGCUUUAGCAAAUGGAGGGCAUGGAGUCAUUGAGACAGGAACUAACAAAAUCCCGUUACCCAAAACCAAUUAUACAACUGCAGUUGAUAUGAAAACUAAUGAAAAUCAGGUUAAUGUUGUAGCAAGGCAAUUAAAUACAAAUCCCACAAUAGUUUCAUCAAACUUGAAUACCGAUAAAAGUUCAAGUGCGACAAAUAGUGGGAAACUACUAAACACGGGAAAUAUGAAAAAACCAACUAGAAGUUCUUCCAGUUUCUUUGACAGGUGA